CCCACUUUAAGUGGGGCGGGGAGCCCCAUAGGGGGGGCCCCAAACCCAACUCCCCAAGUUGGUCAGAGCAGAGUUUUUUUCCCUGGAUCAGCUUUUUUUCAUUCCUAUGAAAGCUUAUUCCAAUGUCAAGUUUCUGCGAAUAAACCAGUGCGAUGUGGACAUUCCUAUGUUUCCCAAUUUAAUUUAUCUGGAGCUCUCAGUUGGAUACCAUGUUAAAUGGAGUGUGGCGCUUGAUAUGCUCAAUCAUUGCCCUAAGCUUCAAACUGUUGUCUUUGAUUUAACUUUUGAUGGUGAAGAUGAUGUUUGGCCAGAUCCAGGUUUUGUUCCUGAAUGCUUUUCUUCACAUCUUAGGAAGUGCUUCCUUGAAAUUUUUGCAGGACUGGGAUGUGAGAAGAGAUUUGCAAGAUAUGUUAUGCAAAACUCAACCUUGUUACGUACCAUGACCAUUUCCGGUCGAUACCCCCCAAAUCAUCCGAAAAUGCUUGAAAUUUUAACAGAAUUAUCCUCAUACCCAAGGAGCUCUGCAGUUUGUGAACUUUUAAUUAAGUAAUUGAUAUGCUUGUUAGUAGUUGGAAAUUAUUCCUAAAGUGGCUGCAUAUGUUCUUAGUUCCGCACAAACGUUGUGUGUUGUUGCACUAUUUCUAUUUCUCCUGUUAUUUAUCUUAAAAUUGCUGAUCUCAUGAACUGCAACUACUUUUGCAAAUGUAACUGAAACUGAAAUGAGAAUAGAUUUUCAAAUUUAAGGUGUGGAUGUGUAUCUUAGCCCUUUUAAGUUUUAACCUUUGUAGAGGAGAAGAAUAUGUGGAGUUUUUAUUUGAUAUUCAUUACAAGUACUACUUAAUUUUUAGUAAUUAAAAGCUCUUGAGGAAAA